UUAAGCUGGGAUUUUAACCAGAAUUUUAAACAUUUUAACUUAUUUAACAUGACGCGGGAAAACACCCGAGAUUUUAAUUUUUUGCAUAUAUAUAGCAAGUUACUCACAACGACCAAAGGGGAGCUGAAAAAGAAAUCAUAUUCCCCAUUCCUCAUAUUGAGGAGUGGCUGAAUAAGUUUCUUUUUCUUCUUUUUUAUUUCAUUUCUAGUUAUGAUGUCGACACCUUUCCAGCAGCAACUAGCAAUGAAUCAGGAAUUCUAGAUAUAGAACAACUUCAAAAAGAACAAUAUAAUACUGGACAAAAUGACUCAGAAUGACUUGAACAGGUUUUAGGGUUGGGGGUCCACACAGUCUAAGGGCUGGUUGGCCCCAUGAUAAACCCCUCCCCAUCUGCAUUCAAACUCCUAGUCUCUCCAUCGUAGAACUCUCCAUUUUGGGGGGGUAAUUGUAUAAUGUUGUUUUAUGUUUUUAAAAUUUUUAAUCUUGUCACUUGGUUUUUCAUGUUUCAAUUUAUUAAUUAAAUUGUACGCCACCAAGAGCUCCUCUUUGAGAGAGAUGGAUGGUUAAGAAGUUUGAUCUAUGAAUAAAUUAGUAAAAUGUUAAUGGAUUUUUUUGAAUGAAUUGAAAGGCAUGGAAACUUAAUUAAUGAAUAAAAUUGAUUUUGUAGAUGCUAAAUUCAAUGGUUCAAACUGGAGUGACUCUUGCAUUGGCUGAUGUAUGGCAAUCGUUUUAAGAUCUCAGAGAGCCAAGAAUUAAGAAAUACAACAGGAAACACAUUGUAAUAUGGGUGGGGAAAGAACCUAGAUAUCAAGAGUCCCUUAAACUGUAAAGGAAGUGAUAGUUCUCUGUUAACAUAUAGUUAGUUAACAUAUAUAGAUCUUCAUUUCAGAGAGUUAUCACCUGCAGGAAGGUCAAGGAACGGAUUCUAAGCUGUUCCAUCCUAGAUCUCUUGACCAGUGGCAGACCAGUGCAUCCCAUAGAAAUGAGUGCCCUGCAUAUUGGUGCUGGAGUGUGUUCCUGCAUCAGCCUUCUGUGCCUGCUCCUUGCCUUGGGCUCAGACUAUUGGAUAGCAGAUUCCGGACUACAUAUAGGUCUAUGGAAAUAUUGUGAACAUGAAUUAUGUAACUCACUUGGUGUGGAAGGGGUGUCAGCUUCUUUUCAUGCCAUCCGAACCUUCAUGUUCCUGGGGAUGAUCUCUGGAGCUGUCUCUCUCGGUGGGCUUUGCACCAUGAAUAGGCAACCCAGUCUUGGCAAUAUCUCCAUGAGCCAGAUCACAUAUAUUGCCAGCUUUACUGCAGGCCUCUGCGUCAUGAUUGCCAUGUCCAUUUUCUCAGGAGGGAUUGGUUCCACCAAGCUAUAUGGAUGGUCUUUCGGCUUGGGUUGGGCCUCUUUUCCUUUGUACCUUCUAACUGGUGGUCUUACUUAUAAAUUGCAUAAGAACAGAGCAUCAACAGCAUAGGAGAAAUAUGACACUGUCUUUGGAGAUGACCAGUGAAGCUGCAUUGGUAACCUGGAGGCACAGAUCAGAAUUAUUGGCCCUGCACCAAAUUUAUAAGAUGAUGAAGGCAGAAGAAUUAGUUUAGCCAUACAUUCCCAUCCCCUGCCCAUCCCAUUUUUCUCUAAAAUAUCCAGAUUGUUUCUUUCUGAAGUCCAUUGGGAUUUGCAAAUGUGAAGAACUUUGGGAGACUCCUGCAAGAAGGUCCCAGAAAGCAAGAAUUCUACUCUUCUCCCUUCUUUCCUCCUUCCAGGAAACCAAAGGUGCUUUUUGGUUUAUCUGUGGUCUCCAAGGUCCACACUUGGGGUCUGCAACCUUAAACACUCAAAGUGGCAUUUGUACCCGUUUCCCACAGAAAAAAAAAAAACACCGGGAGCCACAAAACCUGGGUGGGCGUGGCCAACUCAACAUCACUCACUUCCACCAGUCACAUGACCUCCUAGCCAUGCCUACCCAGCCGGUCAUUAGGGCAGAGAACCGGUUGUUAAAAAAACACCGGGAACCACAAAACCCAUUUGACAUCUCUCUCUCUCCCUCCCUCCCUCCUUCCUUCCCUCCUUCUCUCCCCCCUCUCUUUCCCUCUCUCCCCCCUCUCUGUCUCUCUCUCCCCCUCUCUCUGACCCGCCCGCUUCUCCAUCCCCUGCCGUAGCCCUUACAUUCUCAGGCCAGGCGAGGAGUGACUGGAAGGGGAGGGUGAGGGGCGGGGCCAGCCAGUGGUGGGAUCACCCGACAGGGAGCCACAGCAGAGGGUCCAAAGAGCCGCAUGCAGCUCCGGAGCCACAGGUUGCUGACAUCUGGUCCACACCCAUUUGCACUAUUCAGAUGACCCAGAAGGCAAAGAUAAAUUUCCAGGUGGCCUCCAUGACUUUCAGAAAGAGUACUAACGACCAGAUGACUGCAAGGAAUAUAAUCCUUUCUCUCCUCCACCAUUCAAUCAGAACUGAAGAAGCGUCUUGGAUGAGAAGUGAAACAUCUUCAAGGGGGAAGAAAAAGUCCAAUUGCCUUUUGUAAAAAGCACCUUUGGAAUAACCCUGAGCUGGAUGACUGAGAAUCUCUAUAGAUUCUUUCAGGAAAGUUGAUUUCCAUUCUGCCCAAGGGAAAAGAAAAAAGAAAAUUAAUUUUCUUCCUGCCAAAAGAAAUAGGAUGGAAUUAUCCCUGCCAUGCCUUCUCUUCUUCCUCUGAUGGGGAUCAAGAAUUCUCUGGAUAAAACCCCCCAACCUCACCUUCGUUGCAUCUCAGAUUUCCCCCUUUUCUAUAUCGUACCUUUAAAAUUUUUAUUUCCUAGAAAUCAGAGUUUUUGCAUUUUAGGAUAAGGAACUCUAAAGAAUUGUAUAACUUGUGGCAUACGCUCUCAGGCUUUGGCAUUUAUAAUUGUAUCUGUAUAAAUCAGCUCUUCCUCAACAUCAUAUCUGUAUAAUCACCUGUUCUUCAACAGAGUCUUUAGGUCUGAAAAUAUUUGGAGAGGAAAAUGAUAUUUCCAAUUCAAUUGAAUUUAUGCAAUUUGAACUACUUUCAAAUAUGGUUUUUGUAUCAAUGACUGAACUUUUUAUCUCUAAACAUGUGCAAAAUAUAUUCUCCAAUAAAAAGGCACAAAUA